GUGAUGACGAUGGACGUGAAAGCGGAGACACAGAAGAACACUUCGCCGCAGGAGUGCGCUGGCUGCGGCAAGAAGAUCACCGAGAGGUUUCUGCUGAAGGCGCUGGACCUCUUCUGGCACGAGGACUGUCUCAAGUGUGGCUGCUGCGACUGCAGGCUGGGGGAGGUAGGCUCCACGCUCUACACCAAGGCGGACCUCAUCCUCUGCAGGAGGGACUACCUCAGGUUGUUUGGCAACACUGGGCACUGUGCUGCGUGUUCUAAGGUUAUCCCAGCCUUCGAGAUGGUGAUGAGGGCCAGGAACAACGUGUACCACUUGGAGUGCUUCGCAUGCCAACAGUGUAACCACAGGUAA